CAAAUGUUUAUAAAAAAAAUCGAAGAGUCUGCUGUGUGCCACACUGUAAAAUUAAAGAUAAAUCAAAUUUGAGCUUUCACCAUUUCCGAUCUGAUGCGGCCUUGCGGAACAAACGGAUGGAGGUAUUGAAAAUCGACAGGCCUCAUGACCGAGAAAUGAGAGUUUACAGUUUGCAGUCUGUAGAUAACUUUACGAAACAAGGGGCACUUGAAAUCACAUCUGAAAGAUAUUUGAAGCAUUCUGCUUUCGAAGAUACCUUAGUAGAGAAUCAACUUCCUAUUGAAGACAUUUUUUUUUGUACGUAUGCUCUUCUUUCAAUUUCUAUCAGUGAAAAUUCAGUGGGCCUAUAUUAUUGGAAAACGCUUUCUAUCAGAUUUGUGAAAGCAAGAUGUCAAGAGAACGUGCGUCCAGGAGGUUUUAUCGUAUGGAUAGUAGCCAUGACCUAUCGGUGUACCUAGACCGUGGACGAACUGCUGAGCAGGAGAACAGAUGGAAUUUCGAGGUGGCAUGGGAAGUUGCCAAUAAAGUUGGGGGAAUCUAUACAGUGAUCAGAUCCAAAGCUUAUGUAUCCACUGAAGAAUUGGGGGAUCAGUAUUGUAUGAUUGGUCCAUAUAAAGAAGAAUGUGCCAGAACGGAAGUAGAAGAAGCUGAAUUUCCCAUGCACAAUCCUUUACGAAUUGCAGUUCAAACUAUGAGAGACCAAGGAUAUAAAGUGGUUACAGGUACUUGGCUAGUCGAUGGCAAUCCUCAGGUGAUUUUGUUUGACGUUGGAAUAGCAGCAUGGAAGCUGGAUGAGUAUAAGCAGGAAUUAUGGAACACAACCAAUCUGGGAAUACCUCACCUUGAUAUUGAAGCAAAUGAUGCUGUCAUACUGGGUUAUUUAGUAUGUCAAUUCAUCACUGAGUUCAGAAAAGCGGCUGAGAGUUAUUCGAAUGAGCCACCAAGGAUUCUAGUUCAUUGUCAUGAAUGGCAGGCAGGUGUUGGUCUUAUUGCUCUGAGGACUCGUCAUAUUGAUGUUGCUACUGUUUUUACCACUCAUGCUACGCUUCUCGGAAGAUAUCUUUGCGCUGGGAAAACAGAUUUCUACAACAAUCUAGAUAAAUUUAAUGUCGAUGAAGAGGCAGGCAAGCGACAAAUUUAUCAUCGAUAUUGUAUGGAAAGGGCAGCGGCUCAUCUCUGUCAUGUAUUCACGACAGUUUCCGAUAUCACUGGAAUUGAGGCUAAAAAUUUGCUCAAACGUGAACCAGAUAUUAUAACUCCAAAUGGUCUGAAUGUCAAAAAAUUUUCUGCCCUCCACGAAUUUCAAAAUCUUCAUGCUGUGAGCAAAGAAAAAAUUCAUGAAUUUGUGCGUGGACAUUUCUAUGGACACUUUGAUUUUGAUCUCGAUAAGACUUUGUACUUUUUCACUGCUGGUCGUUACGAGUUUGGUAAUAAGGGAGCUGACAUUUUUAUUGAAGCACUUGCAAGGCUCAAUCAUUAUUUGAAAACGUCGAAGCCAGACGUAACAAUCAUUGCAUUUAUGAUUUUCCCAGCGCGCACGAAUAACUUCAACGUCGAGUCGUUGCGUGGUCACGCGGUCACGAAAUCUCUCAGAAACACCAUCAACGCAAUCCAACAGGAUAUCGGGAAAAGAAUGUAUGAAUUAUGUUUAUCUGGAAGACUACCAGAUGCCCAAGAUUUACUUCUAAAGGACGACAUGAUCAAAAUAAAAAGGUGUUUGUAUGCUUUGCAACGGAAUGGUCUUCCACCAAUAACGACUCAUAAUGUGGUUGACGAUUGGAAUGAUCCCAUUUUAACUGCAAUUCGAAGAUGCAAUUUAUUUAACACCGUUCACGACAGAGUGAAAAUUGUCUUUCAUCCGGAAUUUCUGUCUUCGACAAAUCCAUUAUUUGGUUUAGAUUAUGAAGAAUUCGUUAGAGGAUGUCACUUGGGUGUUUUUCCGUCUUAUUAUGAGCCAUGGGGAUACACUCCAGCCGAAUGUACGGUCAUGGGUAUCCCUAGUGUCACAACGAAUUUGUCUGGCUUCGGUUGUUUUAUGCAUGAGCACAUUGCCGAUCCCAUGAGUUAUGGUAUUUACAUUGUGGAUCGCCGUUUCAUCGAUGUUGAAGCUAGUGUUCAGCAGUUAGCACAAUACAUGUUCGAUUUUGCACGCCUUAGCCGAAGGCAGCGAAUUAUUCAAAGAAAUAGAACAGAGCGGUUGAGUGAUCUGCUUGAUUGGAGAAAUCUGGGAGUUUACUAUCGUCAAGCGAGAAUAAAGGCACUCACAAAAGUCUAUCCAGAAUUCGCUUCUCAAUUGUCUGAUGAGAACGUGGGAAAGUUCAAUUAUCCAAGGCCACUCAGUGAACCACCAUCGCCUUCUUCCUCUCGUAUCACAACUCCAGCAGCAUCUGUACAUGGAUCUGACGAUGAGGACGAAGUGGAUGAUGAGAAAGAGCUCGAAGAACUGAGGCAGGCCAAUGGUCGAUGAAGCCUUUGAGUUGUUGGAUGAGAAGGAUGAGACAGCAGAUUUGUUAUGUUAGAUAUUCAUUGUGUUAGUUUUUUUUAAUGUAAUCGCGUUGCACAUUAUACGAGAAAAAGGCCAAAGAAGGCAUUUUCAAUUAUCGAAAAAUAGCCCCCAAUAUAUUAAAGGUUGAGAUUGUUCAAGUUUCUUCCACUUUAGUUGGUCUAAUCCAGAUUUGAGUCAAUCCUCUUUUCAGCAAGGAAAAUACUUGUGUUACUCCACUAGACUAUUUCAAUGAAGUCUCUACCUAUUACAAACAGCUUUUUUAAAUUGAGAAUGAGUGAAAAGAUUUUUUCUUCCCAUUGUUAAUUCUAAAAUAUUGACUAAUUAAUUUCAUCCAUUACUAAUAUUAAUUGGAUUAAUGUUAGUAAUGGAUGACGGUGAAAAGAAAUCAUGGCCAUUACAUGCAGAAUUGAAUUUUAAUGGACCGAAUUAUCGAAAGAAACUACUAUUUUCUGACUAGAAAAUUUCAAUACUAGGGUAAAAUAAUUAGCCAUUCAAGGGUUAAAUUCAUUCGAAUGUAGAUUGAGUUAGCUAUAAAAAAUAAUUGGAAAAUUACAUAUUAUGAUUAUCCUAUAGUCGAUAUUCUAUUGAAAAAAAAACAAUCCAUCGAUUACACUUACGCUUGUGUUCAUGAUUAAAAAUAUUGGGCUCGUCAUUUACCGCGGGCGGUGCUACUGCCACCGCACAUGCAGGCUCUGACGCGCUGCGCGGUUUUCAAAUUAGAGCAAUGUAAACACCAUCAGUUUUGUUUGAUGAAUAUUUAUUAAAAUCAAUCUGUAAACAUUGAA